GCCCAAAUCAGUCUGAUUAGGGUGUAUCCUGUACCCGAGAUGUGAAACUACCACAUCUUUGCCUGAUUUGGGGUGGCCUGUAGCGUAGUGGUCAAGGUAAAUGACUGGGACACCCAAGGUUGGUGGUUCUAAUCCCGGUAUAGCCGCAAUAAGACCCGCACAGCUGUUGGGCCCUUGAGCAAGGCCCUUAACCCUGCAUUGCUCCAGGGGAGGAUUGUCUCCUGCUUAGUCUAAUCAUCUGUACGUCGCUCUGGAUAAGAGCGUCUGCCAAAUGCCAAUAAUGUAAUGUAAUGAUUUGAUCCUUUUUUAGACUGCAUGUGAACACAGUGAAUAAGCGGCAAAUCCUUACCUCGCUUGAAUCAAUCUAAAGUAUUUACUGCAAAGACUGGUGCCCGGAAACACAAAAGACCUUGUUUUUAUCACCACCAUCUUUUUUCAGGAUUAAGGAUUAACAUAACAUACCAUAGCAUAGCAUAGCACAGCAUAGCACAGCAUAGCAUAGCACAGCAUAGCACAGCAUAGCAUAGCAUAGCAUGGCAUAGCAGAGCGUGGCAUAGCCUAGCGUAACGUAGUGUAACGUCACGUCACAUAACAUCACAUCACAUCACAUAACAUAACGGCAAGAACAGGCCAUUCAGCCCAGCAAUGCUCCCAUUUUCCAACCACUAAAGUGUACCUCCUGCUUAGUUUUCCCAGAAGCUAAAUAGUAUCUAGCACCGUGUCAAGCCUGGUCAUGAAAACCCCCCAGUGUUUCUGCCUCCAUUACAUGACCUGGCAAGCUAUUCCACACCUCUCUCUGUACGGUACAUUAAUAAGAACGAUACUGCGAAUGAUGUGCAGAAGAGUUACCUCUUCUUCCUGCUGUUACAGUUUUUUUACAAUCGUUUUCACACUUGUCUCAAUACCAUGUCCCCUUUUUCAAAACUCUUCACCCAGUGUGCUUUUGAAACAUGCACUCGAGCACAUCAGUUAACCUUUGGUGCAAAAUGCACUUCAACCACCAAAACGCUUAAUAUUUCACCCAAAAGUGACUCAUGCUCCCAUAACUAUAGCAUAUGCUUUCUCCCAUAAGACUACUUUGUCACUCAAUGUUCAAUGAACUACAGAACACAAACAACUUGGAGCAUUGCUAAAUACAUAUAUACACAAAUAUUUCAAGCCAAGCAGCUAAAGAACUUUUGAUCUGUUGGUUUGCCUCUCAUAAUAGAUGUCAUGACUGAGUGUAGUAAAUUUACAGUAAACUGUAAAUGAAUGUAUGUUUUACUAUAUUGGAAACCCAGAAUAACAAUUUUUACUGAGUAAUGUAAAACAAUAUAUGAUAAAGAAACGAAUCACAAAAGCAACAGUAUUCUUCAGAGGGUUUACUGUAUUUUGAUAUAAUAUACUGUAAUUCAGAAAAGAAAAAUACAAUACAAUCAAUUACUCAAAAUACAUUACAUACAUUACAAUCAAUAACAAAUACAUACCAAAUGGCAAUAUCUUCACAAUAUACAGUAAUUCUGCUCUGAUGUUUCUGUAGCACUCUUGAAAUGGUUGUAGUGCUUACACUGUCAAUGUUUGGAAAUAUGUUCUUGUCUGCGAUUAUGUUGUUCCGUAUUUCUCUUAGCCUGAUGUUGUGUUGACAAUGACCAUCUCAACUAUUGUAUCCUCCUGUUGAGGCGUAAACAUUCUUCUCCUUCCCCCUGUGUGAGAUAACUGCUGGGUCCUGUAGUGAGUCAAAGACAAAUGUGCACUGAUAAAUCUGCUUUUUCUGGAGACUUCUCAAAUCACAGUACUGCUGUAAUAUACACAUCAAUUGAACUCCUUCAGUCAGAAUGCUGUAAAUACUGUAUAGUACCUGUUGGUUUGCCUGAAAAUCCUCACUAUUGAAACCACUGUGGAUCUAGGCAAGUUUGGUUGAACCCUCAACCUGAUUCCCUCAGGGACAGACCAUGAUUUACCACAUGAUCAAUGACUGUGGCUCUGAUUUCAUCAGACACAACUGUUCUUGCUCUUCCACGAUGUCUUCUUCCUCUACCUCUGACUGCAUCCAUUUUCCCCACCAAGGCUAAAGAAUGCAAAUGCCAGUCCAAAGGUGGCCCCUUUUGUAUAUGUGGUAACAGGGCACAAACAACAAACACCUGGGUAGGUUGUUCACUGAAAUGACAGCCAGGUGUUUCAACAGUACAUAUACAGCAGUAAUAGCGGAAAAAUCUCUUCAGUGACAACUACAUCUAUAUUUACCCUAUAUACAUGCACAUUUCAAUGCAAGUAUGAUCACUUUUGUUUAGAUGGUAACAAGGCUGCAAACAAAAAAAAUGAAUAAACUGAAUAAACUUUCUGCUCAAAUCAGAAUGAUCUGACGUAUUUCAAGCAUAUAGUUUCAUUUUUCUGCCCAAAUGCAGCAUAUUUCCUUCCACAAUGAUCAGAAUUUUAUUGGGUUUUGAACUGAAAGUGAACUGUUUUGAACAGAGUAUCUAAAUGUCUGCAAAAUGUGCUGUAUUUGUACAAACAUUUGCUGGUAGUGAACACUGACUGAGAGAGGUAUUCAUGAAUUUUGGAAGAAGUGGUGAUUGAAUGCCUUUAGUAUGAAAGCAAUGCAAAAAUAUCCACAGUUUGGUUCACAUAGUCUAAUGAUAUGGUGAAUGUGUGAAGUGUUUUGAAAAAGUGGACAUGGUAUUGAGACAAGUGUGAAAAGCCGGUUUUUCCCUACAGGGGCAGUUAUGAAGGAGAAUUUAACUUUGCUUGGCUUGUUGUAUACUGGCGGGUGGAGAUGACAGUUUUGGCAGGGUUUGUCUCUGUCAUUUGGCUACUGAGAGCAGAAGAGGGGAGAGGAACUGCCGCGAGCGUUUGUCAGAAUUUGUUGCUGAACUUACGGGUUUCCUGUUUGUGUGCCCCAGCCAUGGUUGCCUGUUCCAAGAAGCAGAGAAAAGUCAGUGUUGACUGUGAAAAGAUGAAAAGAAACGAGAAAAAAAACAUGCGAAGUGAGGCUUGGGCCCUCUCUCUUCUUCUUUCUUUUCUUCUUGUCAUUACGUUACGGUUAUGCACCUGACACUUUCAUCCAAAGCCACUUACGGUUGAUUAGACUAAGCAGGGGCCAAUCCCCCCCCCCCCCCCCCAGUAGCUGUGUUCAAGGGCACGACAGCUCCACUGAUCUUAUUGUGGCUGAACCACCAACCUUCCAGGUCCCAGGUCAUGCAGCUUAGCCACAAGGCCACAGGCUGCCCUGUUCUCACCGGUUUUCUUUUCUGUGUGUGUGUGUGUGUGUGUAUGUGUGUGUGUGUGUGUAUGUGUGUGUGUGUGUAUGUGUGUGUGUGUGUGGGUGUAUGUGUGUGUAUGUGUAUGUGUGUGUGUGUGUGUUGUGUGGGUGUAUGUGUGUGUAUGUGUGUAUGUGUGUAUGUGUGUGUGUUGUGUGUGUUGUGUGUGUGUGUGUGUGUAUGUGUGUAUGUGUGUAUGUGUGUGUGUGUGUAUGUGUGUGUGUGUGUGUGUGUGCUCCCUCCCCGUCCACAGACCCCCCCUCUCCCCCCUCUCCCCCCCCUGCCCCGCGCUGCCACAUCCUCAGUGACGGGAUCCCGGACCUGCACUGUGACUGGGGCCCUGGAGGAGAUGCCCGGCUCCCUGACACCCACGCCAGGCUACCUGAGAUCUACACCCUCCACUGGGAGCCCACUCUGGAGGGUUCCAGCUUUCCGGACGGUAUGACAGUCAAAACCAUGAAUGCCACUAUCCUACGCAAAGACAUCCAACUGGCGAACGACAUGACUGUAUGGGUCGUCGCCAACAACAGCCUGGGCUCUGUGCAGUCCCAAAAAUAUUCCUUCAACACCGGAGCCGUCGUGAAGCCCCGCCCCCCGGUGGUCACCGAGAACGUGUCUCAUGCCUUUUACCUGGAGAUUCUGUGGGACUUCGUGUGUCUGGCACGGUUCGACAUGCCCGACAUCAGCUGCCAGGCCCAGUACCGCAGGCCCGACCAGGUCUCCUGGACCGAGGGAGAAUACGUGGCUCAGUACAGGUUCCUGUUGGAGGGGACCGAGCCCUUCACUGCGUACGUGUUCCGGGUGUGCUGUGCCUGCCCGGGAAGCAGUUACUGGAGUGACUGGAGUGACGAUUACACUGCGCUAACCGCCGAGGCCGCCCCUGUAGGAGUUGUGGAUGUGUGGAGUGACUCUCGGGAAACGGACCAGGCCGUAGUCUGGAAGGAGCUGCCUCUUUCCCAGGCUCGGGGCACAGUGCUGGCAUAUGAGGUGGCAGUAGAACAUGGUGGGGGCAAUAGAACAGUGCUGAAUGUCACCACAGCGCAGGCAGGGGGCAGUAAUGACACCGGGGCGUGCUGUCGCCUCCCGCUGCCUCUGCUGGGGGUCACGGCUGUGACCAUUUCGGCGAUAAACUCUGUGGGUCGCACACGCCCUGCCCUGCUGGCCCUCCCCACCACAGGUGACCCAAUGCCUGGGCUCCUCUCUGUCUCCGUGGUGAUGAAAAGGCGUGCCUUUGCUGUGUCCUGGGACCUGCCCUCCCCCCUCGCUGAGACCAUAGAGGAGUAUGUGCUCCAACAGGAAGUGGCGGGACUCCUGGUCGCACAGGGUUUUGAUUGGACAAGGGCAAACACAACUCAGAGAAGCAUCAUUCUGACAGGUGCCUUUCAGAACUACACCCCGUACAGUUUGUCACUGUUCGCCGUCUCGGGCGGUCGCAGCCGCCGGCUUGGGUCUGUGAUUGGGUACACUCGACAGGGGGUGCCCCCCGCGGUGCCAGAGUUCCAGGUCUCCAGAUUAUCCUCCUCUGACGCCACUCUGACAUGGCAGCACAUUCCCCUGAACAAGAGGAUGGGUGUAAUCCAGCGCUACAGACUGAGACAGCGAGACGGCCCAGAGCACACAGUAGAUGGGAACAGUACCAGCCUGCAGGUGUCCAGUCUGCAGCCGGGUCAGGUGUACCAGUUCUGGAUCGCCGCCCAGACUGAGGCAGGAGCGGGAUCAGAAAACACCCUCCAGUUCUCCACCCACUACCACACAGAUGACUACACCUCCACGGUACUGACCACGCUGGCCCUGUUCGGCUUGGGACUGCUUGUUGUGUUCCUGCUGUGCCGACACCGGAGGGCAGUCUACUCUGUGCUUCCAGCGUGGUGCUUCGAUAAGGUGCCUGACCUGGCCAACAGCAAAGUGUUCCUGCAGGUGAGCGCUGUGUGCCAAUUUUAAAUUGGGGAUGGGCGAUAUGGCCUAAAAUUUAUAUCACGGUAUAUUUAGAAUUUUGGAUGGUAACAAUAUACACUCGCAGAGCACUUUAUUAGCAGCAUUUUUACUUUAUUACACCUACUUAUUCCUGCGAUUAUUUAAUCAGCCAAUGGUGUGGUAGCAGCGCACUGAAUACAAUCAUGUAGAUACGGGUCAGGAGCUUCGGUUAAUGUUCACAUCAACCAUCAGAAUGGGGAAAAAAUGUCAUCUAACUGACUUUGACUGUGGCGUAUGAUUGACGCACACUAGUCUCUAGAGUUUGCAGAGGAUGGUGCAAAAAACAAAAAACAUCCAGUGAGCAGCAGUUCUGCAGACAGAAACGCCUUGUUAAUGAGAGACGUCAGAGGAGAAGGGUCCAGAGAAGGGUCCAGCUGACAGGAAGGUGACAGUAAUGCAAAUAACCACACAUUAAAACAGUGGUAUGCAGAAGAGCAUCUCUGAACACACAACGCAUCAUAACUCUAAGUGGAUAGGCUACAGCAGUAGAAGUCUAAUAAAGUGCUCGGUGAGUGUAUAUAUAAAGCUAUAUGCUUUUUUUUCUCCUAAUGUCAGCAGUCAAUGCUUUAAGAGGAAUACAAGGCUAAAUGUUCCCUUGAAGUAACGAUAAGGUUAUUAAUUAGCAUUAUUGUUUUUGUGUAAAAGGGAAAAGUACACUCA